AUGAGUUCUUUAAAUGAAACUGAAUCAAUGGACAGUUUACCGUUUGUGAAAGAGGUUACUCCUUCGAGAGAAUCUUCAGUGGUCAAGAUCGUCGCUCCCUCUAUUGAAGAGGUCACAGGUAAUCCUGAGGAAUUGAGGGCUUUGAGAGGGCAAGGUCGUUAUUUCGGUAUGUCCGAAGCAGAUGGUGGGUUCAUGGAAUCUGAACCGAAAUGUAAUAAUUGUUCUCAAAGAGGUCAUUAUAAGAGGGAUUGUCCCCAUGUGAUCUGUACUUACUGCGGGUCUAUGGAUGACCAUUACUCACAGCAUUGUCCAAAGGCUAUCAUGUGUAGUAAUUGUUCUGAAAAGGGUCAUUAUAAAUCACAAUGUCCUAAGAAAUGGAAAAGAGUAUUUUGCAUUUUAUGUAAUAGUAAACUGCAUUCAAGAGAUAGAUGUCCAAGUGUGUGGAGAGUUUAUUUAUUGAAAGAAACUAAGAAAAAUGAAAAAAGACAUUUACCUAUGCAUUUAAUAUUUUGUUAUAAUUGUGGAUUGAAAGGCCAUUUUGGUGAUGAUUGUAAUAGACGACGUUCUUCGAGGGUUCCUUUGGAUGAUGGCAGUGCAUUUUCUGGUGAUAACGUUUGUGAUGAGUUAAAGGAAGAGUAUUUUCAAAAUUUAACAGAUUUUAAAAGAGAAAGCCGUUACGAUUAUGAUAUCACAAAUGAUUCUUUUGACUAUAAUGAUUAUGAAUAUGAAAACGAAGCUUAUGAUGGAAAUGAUUAUGUAGGAAGAUAUAAUGGGAACAGUAGUAACAGCAACAGCAGAAACAAAAAUAAGAAAAGACAGUACUCUAAUUUCAAUCCGCCACCAUACCAAGAUGAAAGAAGGCAUAAGAGAUCAAAGAAAUCUGACAAUGGAAGAAAUUCUAGAAGUGGAAAUAGUAGUAAUAAUAAUAAUAAUAAUAAUAAUAAUAAUAAUAAUAAUAAUAAGACAUCUACUACCUCACAUCCUCUGGAUUUCCCACGUAAUAAUAACAGAUCCAAUAAUCGUUCAAAUUCAAAUUCAAAUGGUGCAAGAAACACAGAUAAGACCAGACACGGGAAAUCAAAAUCCAAUAAAUCCAAGGAUUCAAGACACAAUAAGCACAGGUCUCAUAACGCUCAUAAGUUUGAAAGACAAUAA